AUGAGAUGUUCCAUGCAUAAACCACGCGGCACCCAAGUUGUCAAUCCCGGCCCAGCACAAAGCGCCCUUGUCGCCACCACGCGCGGCAUGACAGCCCAACCUCUCCAGGCGACUUCCCCUGAGGGAACGGGUGCCCCUACCCCGCUUGUGCAGUUCCUUUCGACCUUUCACUUAGAUUCUAAGCAGCUACGCGCCCUCACGCAAAAGUUCGAGGUUACCUUUCGAAAAUUGGCCGCCGAGUCUCACAAUCAAUUCCUGCCGACGCCUAUUCUCACGUCCUUGCUCCGGCCUAUUGGGGACUUGACAAAGGGAGAAGGCUGCCUCAAUCGGCGAUUGGCUAUUGAUAUCCCUCUUCUAAGUGGCGGUACAAACCUACGGGUUGGCUUCGUGGGAUUGCGUCAAGAAACCGCAGAAUCUGAAGACGACGAUGACUCGGCCUCCUCAACUAUAGAGGUCCUAUUAGAGAGAUCAUGCCCAAUCGGCGAGCAGCUAAAACACAAGAAUCAUGCAGCCUUGUUUGACUGGAUAGGCCAAACAAUUGCGGCCGUGGUUAAGGAUGCCUGCUCACAGUGGCAACUCGACCCGCAGGUGGUCCUGCCCAUGGGUGUGACGUUUAGCUUCCCCAUGUAUCAGCACUCGCUAUCGGAAGCCGUCCCUAUGUCAAUGGGAAAGGGUUUCCACUUCGAUGAAGGGACCGAUUUAGGGUCCCAGCUGUUGCAAGGCUACGAGAACCACAGAACGCCCGACCUCCCACCUAUUCGAGUCGUAGCCAUCGCAAAUGAUUCUGUGGCAACUCUCAUUUCUUUCAUCUACCAGUAUGGUGUGGCCGAAAAUCGAAGCCCCGCGAUGGGGUUGAUCGUUGGUACAGGCUGCAAUGCGACUGUUACCCUGCCGCUCGAGAUACUCGGCGAUAAAGUGGACACCAUCUCUUUAGGCCCGGCCGCCGGCCCGAAAAACGAGCAGUGCAGAGUGGCUGUGAACACGGAAUGGACGAUAAACGGGACUGCCGGACCACUUCGGGAAAUGGGGUUGAUCACGAAGUGGGACGAGGAGCUCGAUCAAGCGGGCGAGACGCCCGGAUUUCAACCCCUAGAAUAUCUUACAUCCGGCCGCUACUUUGGGCCGCCUAAUGCGCGAUUCUUGGAGAAACUGGAAAAUACAUUCCCAUCCGUGGCAGGGCCAUCGCCUCACCGAUGGACCCAAACCCACGUCGACGCUCUCUACCAAAUCGCGCAAGCCAUUCAGCGCCGGGCCGCAUCACUUUUAGCAUCCGCCACGAUUGCCCUCUUGAGGUUGGCUGGAGAGAUCCCUGCUGCGCCAGACACCAGGUACACCGCGCCGGCUCCUCAAGGCGUUAAGAUGUUAGGCCCCUGCCACGGCGGUGGUAUCACGGGCGCGGGCAUCCUAGCCGCCGCGGUCCUUGCGAGCGAGGAGGAUAUCGAUGCGUCCUAA